UGCAGGAGGCAGUCGGAGCUUCGUCAAAACAAGAAAGGUCAUCCAUCACUUUGGACUCAAAGACUUAUGUGCACAACAAAACAUCCCCCAAAAACAACAACACGACCCACUCGAGCCAACAAGAAACCACCACAUUCAACAGCAUCGACACAGGACCUUUAUACCUGACAACGAUCUUUCAGAGUCGCCUCGGCAACCAUAUGUUUAUUUACGCGUCAUUGCUUGGGUUGGCCAGGGCGCAGAGCAGAAUUCCAUUCAUCCAUUCAGGGUCACACCUGGACAACGUCUUCCAGAUAACACAUGUUAAUGACAACAUCAGCGCAGAAGGGUGAGCAUGGAUUUUUCGGUAUAAACCUUUAAGAAUAAAAUAGAAUUUAAAAUAAAUAAGUUUCAUUAUCGCUUGGUAAGCUAAAUCAAGUCUACGCAAUCUGUGAUUGGAGUUUAUCUACUGCAGUUAGAGAGCUCUUGCAUACAGUGUAACACAAAAGGUCUUGUGGAAUCUGCCUGUACUCACAUUAUUCAUUAAAUUUAUCUCACAAUAACUUGUUUAUUGCGUAUAAGAGAACUGAAUAUAAAAAUAGCAUUUUUUUUUUAAAAAUUAAAAAAUUGAAUGUCUUUGUGCUUAUAACUCUGUUCGUUUAAUAAUGUUAUUUUUCUGUGUUAAUUAACUGUUAGAUAUUUAUGCAUCUUUUUUUUUUAAUUCUCACCUGAAUACAUUACACCUGUUAAAAUGUUAUAAUCAAAUUUGAUAGAAACUUGAUAGGAUUUUUAAACAAUAAUCUUUUUAUUUGAGCAUCAGGGUAUACAAUAAUCCUCAUAAUUCUGGUGAACAAACCAAAAAGGGAAAUGAAAAUUCGCGGAUAUCACCUCUGACGUUCUGAAUCCAUACGCAUUAAAAGAAUCCAUACGCCUUUUUAUUGUAAUGUUUCGCCCGAUUUGAGUCGUGUAAACAUCGCGUCUGCUUCGUUCAAUGAACGACGGUGGCGCUCUUGUGAGAACGCAGUAAGCGAAGAAAGACUGAAGAAAUGAAGCUAGGCUAAAAGAAGGAAUUGCAUGCAGACAAGUCUUAAAAAUGAUUUUUUUAAAAUAAAUUUUAAGAAGUAUUUUGUGCAAAUAUUUUUACAUUAAUAUUUUUUAAUAUGCUAUUUUUAGCAUUUAAAUCAAAAUUUGUAUUUUCUCGACAAUAGAAGUAUUAUGUUAUUUUUAAUUUAAUCAUCGAAAUCCUAAAGUUCUCACAAGAGCGCCACCGUCGUUCAUUGAACGAAACAGACGCGAUGUUUACACGACUCAAAUCGGGCGAAACAUUACAAUGAACAAAAAGUGUCACGUGUUAAAACUAAAAAUUGUAUGAUGAAAAGACAAAUAGACAAACUGACAACAGACAAAAAGACCAACAGAAAAACUGGCAAAAAGACAAUGCGACAAGUCCGAAAUGCGAGCUGAAAAGAAUAUCUUUAAGGAUAAAAUGAAUGAAUAUGCUACUUUUCCCGCACUGGCUGUCACUGUCCAAAUGUAAUACAAUCUUGUCCACUGUCCCACAGAUUCCGCCUGAUGAGGCACACAACUUUUGGCGUCGUGUACCCCAGUCUGUGGAGUCUGCCGAGAGAAAACAUAACAUUGCACGGGCCACGGGAAGUCUUUCGCUAUUUCGAGAACAUCGAGGACGAGGUUAGGCGAGAGUUCACCUUCUGCGUGCCUCUACAGAGACAGAUCAAUGAGACGUUGGGCAAGGUCAGAGCAGAGUUUAAAGGUCAUGUCAUCGUGGGCGUACACGUCAGACGGGGCGAUUUCUUAGAAGACGGUAAUAAAAAAAUAGGAUUUGGCGUCCCGAAGGUGUCGUAUUUCAUAAACGCAUUUCACAGAAUGAGGUCAAUGCUGAACGGUAGGAAGGUCACAUUCUUGAUGGCAAGUGAUGACCUCCAAUGGUGUCACGAAAAUUUAAAUUUUACAGACGUCAAAAUACUGGAGCCCGGUUCAGCCGAGCUACACUUUGGUGUCCUAGCCAGUUGUGAUCACGUGAUAUUAUCCAGCGGAACCUACGGUUGGUGGGCGGCCUGGUUGGCCGACGGCAUUUCCGUUUACUACGACGGUUAUUUUGUCAAUGGGAGUGUGUUGAGGUCACAAGUUAACCUACCAGACUAUUAUCCACCAGGAUGGAUAGCCGUCGGCGAUUGACUAAUUCAAGCGAAUACAUCAAUCCAAGAGACUCAUCAGUAUGUAUUUAUCGGCUUGAGGAGACAGAUGAAUGAGAAACAAACAGUUUGUGUCAAUGAAAGACACGCUAAGCUUUACCUGCACCCACUUCCUCUACGUUCACCUGAGCUUUGUUUGUGUCAUCAACUUGUGCCCAUUCUGAUUCUUUUCUCUAAUGUUGAGGCCGAAACAUUUGCAUUUGUGUUCUGUAGAGUCGUUAUUUAAGCUUAAC